AAAAUAUACAGAUAAAUUGUUAAGAACUGCUUAAAACUUGGUUAAAUGGCUACAAUUCCAAUUUAUGUGAAAUGGCAAGGUAAACGCUUUAAUUUGGAGGUUGAAAAGAUGGAGACUAUUUUGGUCUUAAAGUCUCAAUUAUAUAGCUUAACAGGUGUUCCAUGUGAAAGACAGAAAAUUCUUGGUUUAGGAAGGAGACGAGUUGAAGAUGAAGCGAUUUUUCAAGAAUUUAAUGUUAAACCGUACUCAACAAUUAUGUUAAUUGGAACGACGGAGGGAGAAAAAGAAAUAUGUUAUGAAGAGGCGGUAAUUUCGGAGAAUAAGAGUGAAGAAGAGAUAAAGGAGAAACGUUCAUUACCAUCAGGACUUAAAAAUUUAGGGAAUACGUGUUAUAUGAAUUCUACACUACAAAUACUUAAAUGUAUGCCAGAGCUUGAAAUGGAAUUAGAAAAAAUUUCUCAAGAUAAGACACGAAAGUUAGAUAAGUCAGCAACGAUAAUAGAAUCACUUUCAGAUGUUUUUCGAAAUAUGAAUAUAUACAGUGAUUUUUCACCGCUUAUAUUUUUAGGAUGUCUUAGGGUGGUAUUUCCUCAAUUUGCAGAAAGAGACAAUGUCCAUGGUAGAUUUUGUCAACAAGAUGCAGAAGAAUGUUUAUCUCAAUUAAUUCAGAAUUUAAGGACACAUAUGCCUAUGAAUGGGGAUUCGCCAUCUUUUGUUAAUAAAUAUAUGCUAGGAACUCUAAUUAAUGAAAUAAAAUGUUCCGAAUGUGAAGAAGAACCUCCUAUUAUUUCUAAUGAAGACUUUAUAAAGUUGAAUUGUCAUAUCGGGAUGAAUACGAAUUAUAUGAUUGAUGGUUUAAAAGAAGGAUUAAAAGAAACAAUUACUAAACGCUCUGAAAUUUUAAAUAAAGAAGCUACAUUUAUAAAAACUUCAAAAAUUUCUAGGCUUCCAAAGUAUUUAAUUAUUAAUUUUGUAAGGUUUUUUUGGAAAUUGACUAUUCGCAAAAAAGUAAAAAUUUUGCGAAAAGUAAAGUUUCCUUUUGAGUUAGAUAUAUGUGAAUUCUGUGAAGACGAUUUAAAAUCUAAAUUGAUUCCAGUAAGGGAUAUUUUGCGCUGCAUUAAUAAGAUCUUGGAAGAUAAAGAAGCUAGAAAAAAAGUAAAAACUUCUCAAGAAGAUGAUACCUAUGAAUAUUCAGGAAAAUCUUUAGAUGAAAUGAUUAAGGAAUUAUGGAAUUUGGUCGAUGUUAAAUCUAUUGAUGAAGGCACAAAUGUAUCCGGUUUAUAUAAUUUAAUAGGGAUUUUAACGCACUCUGGAGCAUCUGCUGAUUCUGGACAUUAUCAAGCAUGGAUAAAAAUACCUAAUUCAUCAGAAUGGUGUCAAUUUAAUGACGAUAAUGUCACAAUUGUACCUCGAUCUAAAAUAGAAACAUUAGAUGGUGGAAGUGAAAAUGAUAGUGCUUAUAUUGCUUUAUAUUCUGCUAUGGAAUUACCUACUUCUAUCUAGCUAUAUAAUAUAUGUUUCAAAACGUAUAUACAUUCAUAUAUAAUCA